AUGGCUUCGACGAUGGAAGAGGAGAUUUACCUCGCCAUGCAACAUGUCUUCUCCAAAAAGCACGCCGAGAUCCGUCACCCAAAACCCAUCCAACGCAGAAUUCACGCUUGCUUGGGCCCAGCGAUCAAAGCCCUUGACUUGAAAUAUACUCGGCCAGUCGUCGUCAGUACGUGCCAGAAACUCCUGGAGGAGAAGAUCUUCGAAACCAAAUGGAAGGCCGAGCAGCGGUUUCCUCAGUUAUUCCAACAACUCCCGGCUUCAGCACAAGUAGUAGCUACACCAGCGAAUGCGCCAGAGACGCCGGAAGCUACGAGACAGGAGAUAGAUUGGAAGGAGGAGAUCGUGGCGCUCAUUUCUGAGAGAAAGGCGGAAAGGACGUCUCGGCCGCAAGCCGCUAUUGUAGUUCCAGGACGAGAUGCUGAAGAAAGUAUGGCAGUUCCGGGAUCUUACACUAGUCAGGCUACAGCGGACGUGGGCGACGCGGCAAGCAACACGACCAGCAGCGACACCGCCAUCGCCGAGUCAACGCCAACAGAAACAGCGCGACAGCCACCUAUAGAGACCACAGCUUUCCCCGUGCUUUCCACCGCCUUCCUAUCAUACGAAGCCCAGCACGCUCUCUUCGCAAAGAUCCAAAGCCUUCUAGAGAAAGCCUGCUUCGACUACGCGAAGCAGGCGCACCCCAAGAUCCUGGAAGCAGGACAAUGGGAGUCGCCCGAGCGCGUCGAACUUCAGAAAUGGAUGUGGAUCUUCAAAAACGAGGUAUUUGAUACAUUCCAAGCUGAAACGGUGCCCCCGCCGCAUACAGACUGGCACGCCUUCUUCAAAUCGAUCAAGCAGAUUCGGCACAAGGCCGUGCAUCGCGAGGUUCUUUGCGCCGCGGAUGUGAAGGCGUACCUCGCUGACGCGGAGAGCCUUGCGAAGGUGCUGCGGCAGGACGAGUGCCUGGCUAAGCUGGGCCUGCUGAGGGAGGAAAUGGAGAUGGUGCUUGCGAUCUCGGAGCGGAAGAAAGACGGGCUGACGGUCAAGUAUCAGGCCAAGUUUGAUGAGAUUGGGGUGCGGAGAAAGGAGCUGGACGAGAGUGAGAGACGGACGAGGGAGGAGAUGGUCAGAGAGCACCGGAUGAUGCAGAGUGACCUCGGCUUUGGAUUCAAGCUUGCGGUCUCGGAGAUGAAGGAGACGGUGGUUCCAGGGAAGGGAGGUGAAGUGGGAGGGGAUAAAGAAAAAGGCGCGGGCCCCUGGAGACUUAUAGACGGCUUCUGGAAACUGGUUUCUGGCUGGUGA